GACUAAACGGGUCGUUUUGGAGAUAUUUUCGGUUCAUAUAGGUGUUAGCCAGUUAGCCUGUCUGACUUGUCUUGGCUAAUCUGUAUGCUAAUAGGUUAGCACCGCUAUUCCUGCUGAACGCUGUCUCGGGCGGUGGUGUAAUCUCGAGUUCUGCAGGUCGGGGCGUUUAUAUCGUUCUGUCGGGUCAUUUUCGGGUGGAAUCGUGUGCGGUUAAUGCUCCACUGAGAUGGUACGUGUGGGUGAAGUGCUUUUCUGAGAGGGACUGAGUGGCCCACAGCUGGAGCUCCUGCCUCUGUGUUUACUAAUGCAGAUUGAAUAGCCCUGAAUAUCAUUUUAAUGUUGGACUGUCCGCACCGGUGCAGCUCGCUGUUGGACCUGAAUAGCUGAGAUUGAUCAUCUGAGGUGGGCACUUAGGUCGGUCAGCAAUGCCCAGGGCCAGUUAAGUCCGGGGAGUUUGGAUAAAGUAGUCUCUAAGUGAGGAUUCGUCUCUUGGUCAGAAUAAUCCAAUGGCCACGGCCAGCAGCAUGGCUGCAUCACUGGCGAGCAAAACCAAAACAAAGAAGAAACACUUCGUGGCUCAGAAGGUGAAGCUGUUUCGGGCCAGUGACCCCCUGCUGAGUGUCCUCAUGUGGGGAGUCAAUCAUUCGAUAAAUGAACUGAGCCACGUUCAGAUUCCCAUUAUGCUGAUGCCGGACGACUUCAAGGCUUAUUCCAAGAUCAAGGUGGACAAUCACCUGUUUAACAAGGAGAAUAUGCCCAGCCAUUUUAAAUUCAAGGAGUAUUGCCCUCUUGUUUUCCGCAACUUGAGAGAGCGGUUCAGCAUCGACGACCAGGACUUCCAGAACUCUCUGACCCGAAGCGCGCCUCUUGUUAGCGAGGCUCAGGGCCGGAGCGGUGCCCGCUUUCACACCUCCUACGACAAGAGAUACGUUAUCAAGACCAUCAGCAGUGAGGAUGUAGCAGAGAUGCACAACAUUCUGAAAAAAUAUCACCAAUUUAUUGUGGAAUGUCAUGGCACCACCCUGCUGCCUCAGUUUUUGGGAAUGUACCGCAUCACCGUAGACGGAGACGAGACGUACAUGAUCGUCACGCGCAACGUCUUCAGCCACCGCCUGUCCGUGUAUAAGAAAUACGACCUGAAGGGAUCUACAGUUGCUAGAGAGGCCAGCGACAAAGAAAAGGCUAAAGAGCUGCCCACAUACAAGGACAACGACUUUAUCAACGACGGACAGAAAAUAUACAUCAAUGAAGAAAAUAAAAAGAUAUUUCUCGAGAAGCUGCGGAAGGAUGUGGAGUUUCUGGCCCUGCUGAAGCUGAUGGAUUACAGCCUGCUGGUGGGGAUCCACGACGUGGAGCGGGCCGAGCAGGAGGAGGUGGAGAGCGAGGACAAUGAAGGAGACGAUGAAGGAGAAAGUGACGGGGGGAUCGUGGGGACGCCUCCGGACAGUCCCAGCAACACGCUGGACAACACCAAACCCCUCUCGCCGGGAGAUUUCGACCCCACUAUUGACGUCUAUGCUAUUAAAAGCCAUGAAAACUCACCUCGGAAGGAAGUCUACUUCAUGGCCGUCAUCGACAUCCUGCAACAUUACGAUGCCAAGAAAAAAGCAGCUCAUGCAGCCAAGACGGUCAAGCACGGCGCUGGUGCGGAGAUCUCCACCGUGAACCCGGAGCAGUACUCAAAGAGAUUCUACGACUUCAUCACCACCAUCCUGCCCUAACCCGGAGAAUAAUCGAGGGCGGUCAAAAAAAAAGGGACGCCGACAGAGGGGUGCCGAAACGCGCUCACCCACCCUUACAGCAGCUACAAACCCCCCCCCAUUCGUUUACAUUUUUUUCUUUUUGGUUUCAAUUUGUCGUCUCGUGGGACCACAAGGGUAAAGGAACAGAUGAACAAGUCCACCUGUUUAUGGGAGCUAUGGAUUUUACUCGUCUCUGAUGCAUGUUCCUCGUCGCGUUCGUGUUCGUACGUGUUAUUUUGCCCCCCCUCGUUGAGUAGGAGGGGGCGGGAGAGUGAAUAUAGUCGUGUGCGUGGCUCAUGUACAGGUAGAAUGAAGUCGCUCGGAUCCGAGGCCGAGGAGGAACGGAAGCUUUUGGGUGCUGUACGAUUCACAACUUUGGAAAACAAAGGAAAUGUGAAGCUGUUUUUCAUGCCAACUCGGUUCUUUACCCUCUUUUAUUAGAUCCGUAAGUCAUUUACCCACCUGUAUCUGAGUUAAUUCCGUCCCUCAUGAUGAACCCUGCUCAUUUACCUCUUAUUAUCAUGGAACGUCUUCCCGUACUAGUCUAUACCAGUCAACCUAAACCUUCCCCACUUGCUACCAAUAAAUAUUCCACCUCCCCAAAAUUUGUUCUAUAAAUUGCUGCCUAGGUGACCCAUUCUGUAAUGGAUUGGCACCCUGUUCUGACUCUCCUGCUUCUUGCUCUGUGUUUUUGGACCCACCAUGACGAAAAAAUGAUGAUACUCCCAUCAGUUAUUUUAACAAAAACUGACCCUGCUCGUCCAACCCAGUUCACCUAAAUUCAUCUGCCACUGCUUAUUUACCCUUCUAAUUGAAAUCUGUCUCAUCCUCUUUGCCCUGUACACCCACUCCAGGUAGUACUGGUUGUUUUCCCUUUCUCACACCCAAUAUUGUUUAACUACCUUCACUCUUUUACACCAGCUGACCCGAAUUAAAGUCUCCUCCCUUUAUGCACCCCUAUAAACUCCAGUCUGCCCCUCUCCUCCCGUUAUGCUUCAGCCUUGUCAGCAUUUCCACUCAGCAGCUUCAGCACUUGCAGCUUAACGUAUUUACAUCGUUAGUUAAUUGUAACUCGGGGCUCUCGUGCUCUUCUCUGAUCAGACUGACAGCAAAAAUAACAAAAAAAGCACAAAAAAGUUUUACAAAAGUAGAAAAAAAAAACAGCUCACAAGCUCCAUUCACGUUCGCGAAGGAUUUCAUCGGACUCUCACGCAUGUUCCUACAGUUUUUCGCACGAGUGUGUGGUGGUGUUUUAUUUUUCACAGUUUAUUUUUUGCUCGAGCUGGAGGAGAUGAUUUCUCUUUAAAUUAGCAGCAACACGAACGGUGUGCUUUAAUGAGUCGUUUGGAGCAACAGCAUUGGUGGCAAUCGAUUGCGUUAGGUGUGAAACCUGUUACAGGAACGAUGCCACCUUUUGUUUGCCAUCAGCACCUUAAACUGUUGCACUUUUAUUACAUUUUAUCCUUCGGUCUGUUACAUCCUGCAACAUGAGCACUAUGAGGCACCGUCGAACGCAGCCCAUGUCGUCGCGUGUGUGCUUCUGCUUCUUCUCGGCGGAUAGUUUACCUCUCGCAUUGUUUAAGUACACGUUGGUGUAAUGUUAGCUUCAGUGUUUCUGGGGGGGGAAGUAGGUUUAAAGGGAAAGGUUGGCAGGGUAGGGGGGUUAGAAUAUGUAGUGACAGUGAAAUUGGCGGUUGAAUCAACAAUGUCAUGUAUAUUUUGCACAUACUGAACCAAAUGUUCGGCUAAUCUGAUUGGUUCCUCAGAGUGGUAUUUGUAAGGGGAAAAUAGUGCACCUGUACCAGGUGAGGAAAAUCUCACGACAUCAGAUAUGUCCAAAUUCACACUUGUAUGGAAGAUUAUAAAUGUAUUUAUUUUGCCCAAUCUUUGGAAAUUCAAUCACCCAAAGUUAUUUCCAUUUAUGGCCAGAAUUAAAGUAUAAUUGGCGCUGCCGUUUAGAUGAGAGGAACACUUAGCGUUCUCUUAAUUGCAUUUUUGUAAGACUUUGCACUUGUAUUGGAAGUGAAAAUUGAAUAUUUUUGAGUGAAAUGCUCGUCAGAGAAACAUUUGUCAUAUUUUUGCAAGCUUAAUCACUGACGAUUUUAAAGCCAGUCGUGGCCAGGAGUCCUAGAACGUAUUAAACCAUAUUUUUGGAUGGCAUUAGGUGGUCUCACAGCUGCAAGUUGUUUUUUUUAGUGUAUUGGGUUCCAACAUACGUGGUUCACUAUUUAUUGGUGGAUUGUUAGCGUAGGAGAGAGGCGUGGCUGUCCUGUCGUCCUUUUUGCUCAGUCCGACACUAGCCCUCAUGUUCUGAAGUAACAGUGUGCACUUUUUAAGCUUCCCAAAAGCAUCACGAGAGAAUCCAGCAGUGAACUCUGUGUGCUCUGUUUGAAGAACAUGACAAACUUCCCAGACUGGUGAUUUUGGUGCAGUAGAACAGACGCUGGACGUGGCUAGGAAGUGUGAAGUAAAAAGAAAAGAAAUAAAUAGAUUAGGGUGUGUGUGGUUAAUAUUAAAAGCUUUUAUGAGCCUGACAGAAUUGCUCAAAUUUGGCAUUGUUGGCGCUAAUCUAACACCAGUUAGUAAGGGUGGGCAUUAUGGCAGAAAUAUUGUGUCUAUUGCACUUCUACUUGCAAGUAUGUAUAUUUUGAAAACCUGAUGGUUAUGACAUUGCUAUCAAAUGUAUGUGGACAGUGCAGAAAGUUACUGAAACAAAAACCCUUUUAUCUUUCUUUUAAUUCUUCUUAUAACAUCUACACAAAUAUGUGUAGGCAGAAAUGAUUUUAAAACGUAACGUCCAAUUACUAGCCGCAUUUGAGCUUUUAUUAUUAUUGUUAUUAUUAAUGCACCAUUUACCACAGUAUUUACAUUUGCACAUGUUACAGUCCAACCACAUUUGAACAUUUUAAAUAAAUAUGGUUUAUUUAUAUUCACAGCUGCAGGUAAUAACCGUGUCUGUUGAAAAUCCAACACAAAGGUAUCAUCAUUGAUUUCAUAUGUAUUAUAUAUGUAUGCAUUUUAAUGCUGUCCUGUUGUGAGGCACUGAAAGUGAUCAGUGCACAGUGCUGUCAAUUCCUGUAAGUCAAGUAACAUGCAUAACACACAGCAACUUGAUAUCGACUAAUUACAUGCUGCCAUCAGUAAAAUAAUGUUAGGAAAUAUUGUUCAAGUGGCUUUGCAGUACUAUAGUUCCACCAGAGAGGUCAUCUUACUCCAAAAGCUUUCAUGUGUAAAAAAAAAAAACAUUACCCACUAGUUCCCAUCAAAAUCUGAAAUGUAUUUUCCCUCCAUCCAAUAAUUUGAAAAAGCCAGCUGUUAUGAAUAGGAUGUUUUGCGAUAUUAAAUUCUUUUAAUGCCCGGUCCUCCAAACGAACAUUUAUUUUAACUUUUCUAAAUUUUUGGUCUUCUUGUUGGCUUGUGUUGUGUUUUUUUACAUGCACAUCUUCAUCUUUAUUUUGACAUUUUUGUGCAUCGCAUUCAGCACUCAGCAUCGAGUGAAGUGUUCUGAAAAAUGAAGAAUGUUACUGUUUGAUUGUGCAGUACUGUAAAAAGGUUUUAGUUGUUUGUUUCUUUGCAUUUGAACCCCUGUGUAUCCACCAAGGGAAAAAAACAAACAAACCCUGGUUCAUUUUCCAUCCGACCCUGCUUUAUACCGUUUUAGCAUACACUGUGCAAAAGUCGUGCCUUUUUACUCCAGACUAUUUAAUUUUGUAUUUUUCAAUCGUUGUUUUUUCAGAGGUGAAUGUUAUUUUCUAAUAACCGGGUGGUUAUGUUUUAUUUUUCUUAGUUUUUUGACUGUUUUGUGUUUGUAAAGACGCUUUUGCUUGAGAUUAACACCAUUAAUCAGUGAAAUGACCCUGUGAAAGCGGAAUGGGAUUCAUGUUUUCAUGUCGUGAUGUUUUAAUGUUUUUUAUUUGUUUUUUUGUUCACAAAUUUAAUCUCAGUAUUAUCUUUAACUAAGACUUUUAAUUUUUGUAUCCGUUAUGUUUUUCUUGACCAAUGUUGCGCAGUUGUUGUUCAGUAUGAAUUAUUAUUUUUGUUGUUGUUGUUGUUGUUGUUGUUGUUGUUCGUUUUGGGAAAAGAAGAGGAGGAAACGGUGACUCCCUAUACUUGUUGUGGUCUUCACAUUUAAAAAACAGGAAAGAAAAAACAAACAAACAAACAUGUGCUUGAUGAGCAUCAGUUCAGAUCAGUCGGAAUCCUGCUUCAUGUCGCACUUUUGCCAAAACAGCACUCAGACUGUCCGUGUCGUUUAGAAAUCACCACCGAAAGCUUUGGACAUUGUAUUGUGCUUUUAUUAAGUAAUGUCUCCUUUUUUAGGCUGUGUGUCCUGUUUAAUUCUGCAGCUAGUUGAUGGAAACCCCCUCCUUAAAAAACCUGGAGGAAUGAAAUCUGUGCUGUGAAAUGAAAGAGGAGGGUUUAGGAGGGGUGCAGGCUGACCCAUCGUUUAUGAUGUUAACCGAUAUAAUACACUCCAUGUCAGAAGCAUCGCUCAAAAUCAAUAAAGCACUUUGCAGUUC